GGUGUGUGUCCAUGUGAAACGGACUGAGAUGGGUAUACGUGUGUGUGUGUGUUUAAGAGAGAGUGCUAAAACACACGCGUGCGCAGCCACGGGCAGAAUCAAAUCUUUUCUGCAGCAGGACGGCAGGGAGAAGGAUUACUCCUAUUUUAGACUCUUUAUCCAUGCGUCCCAGGGUUCAGAACCAGCACACAAUGAAGAUAGACCAGUGACCUUCUGAGGUGUUAUAUUUUGGGAAGUGUGUCAGUAUGACCUCUCACAGUGAAGCACUUUUGCUGGUCCUCAGUUUCUCACUGUGUGGUUGUCUGUGUGCUGUAUCUUUAAAUCAACCCCUGUCUUCCACCAACACCGAAUCAACCGCUUAUCCAGCUAGCAGCACAUCGUGGCCUACCAAAAUUAUUACGACUACUCCAAGCAUCCUUAGUUUAUACCCAAAUGCAUUACACUCAGAAGAGACCAGCAAAGACCCUGAAGGUCCACUUCCUGUUGAACCAAAAAGCUAUGUCUCACUUUCAGCCACGGAGGCAUCACAGACCAAGAGUUCCUUUCCUGGAAUUGUUUCAGACAUGCAGAGAGAUGAAGAGGGACCUGAAACUUCUUCACUGACAACACUACCACCUUAUCCAUACUCUCAGACCUGGAGUACCGAGUCUGCUUGGAAAACAGAGACACAUACAUCUCAGAUUCCUGCUGAACUGGGAACAUCUGAAACUCACCAGACAUUGUUGAGGUCCUUUGGUGUUGAACAGACGCCAUAUGCCAGAGGAACUUUAGAUGGUACAAAUUUGCCAAGAGGCCUGAUAGACUAUCUGUGGCCAUCUGAGAAGACAAAGGAUUCGACAGAUGCACCUACAGGUGAUGACUGGCCAAAGUCUUCCACAACUCCAGACUGCAAUUUGGUUGGCACCGGAAUCUGUCAGUCCUCUGACUCUUUCAGGAGUCAUGUUUCAAGUAACAUCACUUUGUCAACCCCACCUCCUUUGACUGAAACCACACCCCCUGGUAUCAUAACCCCACCCCUUGAUGCCCUGACCCCGCCGGUUCUCGUCCCUCUGCUGACUGACUGGAAUGCUGCCAUGGCGACAUGGGGCCUGGCCUGGGAGUUGCAGGUUUACGGGCUCGGCUGCGUGUUUUUGCUCGUUGCUGUGCUUUCUGCUUUCAGUCUGAUGUGUUUGCCGUUGCGCUGGCCCUCUGGCUGUGCCCACUUUAGCCUCCUCCACCUCAUCCAACUCCUGACAGGUUCGAGCCGGGCCCUGUGGCUGCUCUACGAUCCGUACGGCCAAAAAGAUCGGCUUCCAGCAGCCUGGGAACGACUGCUGCACGAGGCUGCCUAUCCAUGUCUCACGGCAUCUUUCGGUUUGCUGCUGUUACUGCUUACCGCCCGUUCUUGCACUCAGCUGCUUUCCCAGAACACCCUGCAGCGCAGCUCGUGUCUGUUAGCUGCGCUGGUGCUGCUGCACGUGGUUGUUGUGAUGGUUUCUAUGGCGAUACUGCAACUUUUUCCAACUCUGCGAGUUGUGCCUCUAAUACCACCAGCAGCCUUUUUGUUGAUGUCCUUAGUUCUGUCCAUGACCUACCUGAUUCUGUACUGCUGUGCCCGUGCUGACACCAAGCACAUCUAUCGGCUCAGCGAGAAUUCCCCUGAGCGGGCGACGUGUCACGCCAGCCGGUGUCCCUUUACAGAGGCACGUAUGUGGGAUAGGGCAACCAGGGCGGGGGUCUUCUCUGCUCUCUUUCUGUUGGCAUGCGGCGGACUCAGACUGUACGCUAUGCUUCACGCGGAAGGACUCACCAAUGGAGUUAUGGUUGGUUUGAUGCCUUGGCCUUGGUGGGCUUUCCAGCUCAGCUGCCGAGUGUGUGAAGCAGGUGUAUGUCUCACACUUGCUCUAGUUAUCACUCACCCACUCCUUUGUUGUGGAGUUCCUCUCACUAAGCCCAGUGGCUUCAGCAUGCUAUUCAAAAAGUCACAACUAGAGGGCGGCAUUUCUGCAAAACCCACCAUUCUCUCAAGUCGAUGUGGCUGGUCUCUAAGGCCGACAGAAAAGCUGGGGUUGUGUGAGGGCAUAUCGCGGCGAGAGAGCGAGAGCGUGCCGCUCUACACUCUGGUGGAGCUACCGCACAGUGAAUCGAAUGGCUUGGACCUCCAUUUUCCCAGCAGCCCUCAGCACGAGAUCUCCAAGAAGAGCAAAACAUCUCUUUCACCCUCUUUUGCCAGCCUGGAUGGCGACUCAACCGUAGAUCUCUGCCCCCCUUCGCCAAUAGACCUGCGACGUAGCAUCGACGAAGCUUUGAAUAGCGAAGCUCUCUUUCAACAUAGUCUCUUUGGCUCUUCUAGGCUAUCUCUCAGUACUCGUGCGCCUCCAGAUGGACAGCCCUGUCGGGAAAACUCAACAGUUGAACCCAGCCUCUACCGCACGGCCUCCUGUGGGGAAGUGGACCCUCCUAGCGUACCCACCCGACCCAGGCAAUGGAGCACUAUAUCAGGGAGACCAUCUCUCAGUGAUGGCACAUAUGGAGGUCGGGUGUCAGUCUAUAAAAGUGGGUUUAACUCAACACAAGAGUCUCAGAACAGCCUACACAGACAGUCAGGGCUCCAGAGACGAUACACAACCUUGGGUUCAACCGCCUCCAGAGGGAGUUUGGAUGUGGAGACACAUUCACAUGCCGAUGAGCUGGCCAUUCAGGCUGAAUUCAUCAAUGUCUGCAGGCAAAUCGAUGCUCUGAGUGUCACCAGUGAUACAAUUGAACUGUAGUAAAUCAUUUUUUUUUGGAGUUAAAUAGGGAUUGUUAUGUACAUUGUCACAAAAAAAUUGUCAAAAAAUGCUACCUAGCUGUCAUUGGGGUGGUACACUUUAAAAAGGUCCUAAUAUGUACCAUUUAUGUACAGAUACAGUAUGUAUACAUUUGGUAUUUGAGGUACUAAUAUGAAGUAGUAAUAUUGACUCUUUGGUACCAAUAUGUGUCUCUGAGGUAGUAAUAUGAACCAUUUGGUACCAAUAUUUCACCCUCGGGUUGUAAAAUUGACUAUUUGGUACCCAUACCUGUAUGUACCUCUGAGGCAGUAGUAAUGACUCGUUAGUACCAAUAUGUACAACUGAGGUAGUAAUAUGGAUUCUUUGGUACCAAUAUGUACCCCUGAGGUAGUAAUAUGGACUUGUUAGUACCAAUAUGUACCCCUGAGGUAGUAAUAUGGACUUGUUAGUAACAAUAUGUACCCCUGAGGUAGUAAUAUGGACUUGUUAGUACCAAUAUGUACCCCUGAGGUGGUAAUAUGGACUCUUUGGUACCAAUAUGUCCCCUUGAGGUAGUAAUAUGGACUCAUUAGUACCAAUAUGUACACCUGAGGUAGUAAUAUGGACUAUCUGGUACCAAUAUGUACCCCUGUGGUAGUAAUAUGGACUCAAUAGUACCAAUAUGUACCCCUGAGGUAGUAAUUUUAACCAUUUGGUACCAAUAUGUCCCCUUAAGGUUGUAAAAUGGACUCUUUGGUACCCAUAUGUACCUCUGAGGUAGUAAUAUGGACUUGUUAGUACCAAUAUGUAUACAUGAGGUAGCAAUAUGGACUCAUAGGUACCAAUAUGUACACAUGAGGUAGUAAUAUGUACUCAUUAGUACCAAUAUGUACCCCUGAGGUGGUAAUAUAGACUCUUUGGUACCAAUAUGUACCCCUGAGGUAGUAAUAUUAACCAUUUGGUACCAACAUGUCCCCCUGAGUUUGUAAAACAGACUCUUUGUUACCCAUAUGUACCUCUGAGGUAGUAAUAUGGACUCUUUGGUACCAAUAUGUACCCAUGUGGUAGUAAUAUGGACUCUUUGGUACCAAUUUGUACCUCUGAGGUAGUAAUAUGGACUCGUUAGUACCAAUAUGUACAAGAGGUAGUAAUAUUAACCAUUUGGUACCAACAUGUCCCCCUGAGUUUGUAAAACAGACUCUUUGUUACCCAUAUGUACCUCUGAGGUAGUAAUAUGGACUCUUUGGUACCAAUAUGUACCCAUGUGGUAGUAAUAUGGACUCUUUGGUACCAAUAUGUACCUCUGAGGUAGUAAUAUGGACUCUUUGGUACCAAUAUGUGUCCCUGAGGUUGUAAAAUGGACUCUUUGGCACCCACAUGUACUUCUGAGGUAGUAAUAUGUACUCAUUAGUACCAAUAUGUACCCCUAAGGUAGUAAUAUGGACUCGUUAGUACCAAUAUGUACCUCUGAGGUAGUAAUAUGGACUCUUUGGUACCAAUAUGUGUCCCUGAGGUUGUAAAAUGGACUCUUUGGUAUCAGAAUUUACCUCUGUGCUAUUAUUAUGAACCAUUUAGGUACAAAUGUGUACUUCUUGAAAGGGUACAGAACCAGUGACAGCUAGGGACCAUUUUUUGAAAAUUUUUCUAUGACAGUGUAGAUGAUGUACAAAAUGCUGGUUUAACAUAUUACAACCUAAAAAAUUAUAAACAUUUACUUGGAUAAACUCAAAAGGUCUGUAGGACUUUUUCCAGAAUAGAGAACAAUUCACUGGUGUAGCAUUGUAUUUGGAAAAAAAUAAAGGGCACAAAUCUUGAAAAUGACAUAGCAUAAACUUGUAUAACAGUGAAUGACCUCUGAAAGACUUGCUUUCUAUGAACUGUAUUUUUAGAAAUUGCCAGAGACUACACCCAUCUCAUACUUGGCAAAUAUCACAUCUAACCUUUGAAAAUGCCCGGAUAGACUUAAACUUCAUUUGCACUCUUCAUAUAAAAAAAGUUUGUUUUUUAACUACAUAGGGCUUUUUGUGUACCUUUCAGCAAUAAAGCUAUAGCACUUAUUUAGAUGAUUUAUAAUAAGAAGCCAUGCUGAGUGUUUCGAUUUCACAUGAGACAUUUGCAACAUUCAUUGCGACAAUAUCAUUGCAGCAAACCCAUUUGAAUUGGGUGAGUUCUGUCUCUCGCAUAACAUUUUGCUCUGGAAUGAGACGUUGAUGUCCUUUUUGCACACACACUUAUGGGAAAUAAGUCUUAAGCAAAAGGAUGCAUGAAGACAAUAGUGUAACACUGAAAAUGAAUCCCUGCUAUUUAAUCUGAAAAUGCAAAAUAAAGAUAAUUAUUAAUUGUUUGUAUA